CGUGCCGCGAGCGGCGUCGGGAUUGCGGGCGCCGGCCUGAGGCGGAGGCGGCCGGGAGGCUGCGCCUGCGGGUAGCUGAAACGGAGCUGAAUGCCGCGGCGCGUGAGACGUGAAGUUUGUCCAGCUAGUUUCACGUUCUCCUCCCUGGUGAAGCAGCAGAUGUGUGAUGGUGGCAUUUGUCAUUGAAGCGAGGGGCUCCCCGUCGUCUGUCUAUGUCUGACAGCUGAGAGGGAACUGGAGGAAAGAUGCCUUCUGAUUCUUUCUGCUUGGUUGCCCAGGCUCGACUUGACUCCAAAUGGUUGAAAACGGAUAUACAGCUUGCAUUCACAAGAGAUGGACUCUGUGGUCUGUGGAAUGAAAUGGUUAAAGAUGGAGAAAUUGUGUAUACUGGAACAGAAUUGACACCGAAUGGAGAACUCCUUCCUAGAAAAGAUGACGGCGUUGACAGUCAGAAUGGAGCGAAGAAGGAAGACCUGAAUGACAGAGAGAAGAAGGAGGAGGAAGAAGCCCCUGUGCCUGCACAUAGGGCGAAAUCAAUCCUGGAGAGCUGGGUCUGGGGCAAGCAGCCAGAUGUGAGUGAACUGAAGGAGUGUCUCACUGUGCUGGUCAAGGAGCAGCAAGCCCUGUCCGUCCAGUCGGCUGCCACCACCCUCUCGGCCCUGAGGCUCAAGCAGAGGCUGGUUGUCUUGGAGCGCUACCUCAUCGCCUUGAGCAGGACUGUUUUUCAGGAGAACGUUAAGGUUAAGUGGAAAAGCAGCAGUAUUUCUUUGCCUCCUGUGGACAAAAAAAGUUCCCGACCCACAGGCAAAGGGGUUGAAGGACUUGCGAGAGUUGGAUCCCGAGCAGCCCUUUCUUUCGCCUUUGCGUUCUUACGCAGAGCCUGGCGGUCAGGUGAGGACGCAGACCUGUGCAGCGAGCUGUUGCAGGAGUCCCUGGAUGCGCUGAGAGCACUUCCUGAGGCGUCUCUCUUUGAUGAGAGCACCGUGUCUUCUGUGUGGCUAGAGGUUGUGGAAAGAGCGACCAGAUUCCUCAGGUCCGUCGUGACAGGGGAUGUUCAUGGAACGCCUGGCACCAAAGGACCGGGGAGCAUUCCCCUGCAGGACCAACACUUGGCCCUGGCCAUCCUGUUGGAGCUGGCUGUGCAGAGGGGCACGCUGAGCCAAAUGUUAUCUGCCAUCAUGUUGUUGCUUCAGUUGUGGGACAGCGGUGCCCGAGAAACUGACAACGAGCGGUCUGCACAGGGCACCAGUGCCCCCCUGCUGCCCCUGCUGCAGAGAUUCCAGAGUAUCCUUGGCAGUAAGGACCUGCUGCACCCCGAGGCCGACACACACCUCUUAUCUGGCCCUCUGAGCCCCAAUGAGAGUUUCCUGAGGUACCUUACCCUGCCACAAGACAAUGAGCUGGCCAUCGACUUACGACAGACGGCAGUCGUUGUCACAGCCCAUCUGGACCGCCUAGCAACCCCCUGUAUGCCUCCUCUAUGUAGCUCUCCAACAUCUCACAAGGGAUCAUUGCAAGAGGUCAUAGGUUGGGGGUUGAUAGGAUGGAAAUACUAUGCCAAUGUGAUUGGUCCCAUUCAAUGUGAAGGCCUCGCCAGCCUGGGGGUCACGCAGAUUGCCUGUGCGGAGAAGCGUUUCCUCAUCUUGUCGCGGAGCGGCCGCGUGUACACUCAGGCCUACAACAGCGAUGCUCUGGCCCCACAACUGGUCCAGGGUCUUGCUUCUAGAAACAUCAUAAAAAUCGCUGCACAUUCUGACGGUCACCAUUACCUGGCUUUGGCAGCCACUGGAGAGGUUUACUCCUGGGGCUGUGGGGAUGGGGGACGACUAGGCCACGGGGACACUGUGCCUCUGGAAGAGCCUAAGGUGAUCUCUGCUUUUUCUGGAAAGCAGGCUGGGAAGCACGUGGUGCACAUUGCUUGUGGAAGCACGUACAGUGCGGCCAUCACGGCUGAGGGGGAGCUGUACACAUGGGGCCGGGGAAACUACGGCCGAUUGGGUCAUGGCUCCAGUGAGGACGAGGUCAUUCCGGUGCUUGUCGCUGGGCUGAAAGGACUGAAGGUUAUCGAUGUGGCAUGUGGGAGUGGGGAUGCUCAGACCCUGGCUGUGACUGAGAACGGUCAAGUGUGGUCUUGGGGAGAUGGUGACUAUGGGAAAUUGGGCAGAGGCGGUAGUGAUGGCUGCAAAACGCCAAAGCUAAUUGAAAAACUUCAGGACUUGGAUGUUGUCAAAGUACGCUGUGGAAGCCAGUUUUCUAUUGCUUUGACAAAAGAUGGCCAAGUUUAUUCAUGGGGAAAAGGUGAUAAUCAGAGACUUGGACACGGAACAGAGGAGCAUGUUCGUUAUCCAAAACUACUGGAAGGCCUGCAGGGAAAAAAAGUGAUUGAUGUGGCUGCAGGCUCCACACACUGCCUCGCUUUGACUGAGGACAGUGAGGUCCACAGCUGGGGAAGCAAUGACCAGUGCCAGCACUUUGACACCUUACGUGUAACCAAACCAGAACCUGCUGCGCUGCCGGGCCUGGAUACGAAGCACAUUGUUGGAAUUGCCUGUGGGCCUGCCCAGAGUUUUGCUUGGUCGUCUUGUUCUGAGUGGUCCAUUGGCCUCCGUGUCCCUUUUGUGGUGGACAUAUGCUCGAUGACAUUUGAGCAGCUGGAUCUCCUACUGCGUCAAGUGAGCGAGGGGAUGGACGGCACUGCUGAUUGGCCCCCACCGCAAGAGAAGGAGUGCAUGGCAGUGGCGAUGCUGAACCUCCUACGACUUCAGUUGCAUGCUGCCAUUAGUCACCAGGUUGACCCAGAAUUCCUUGGUUUAGGUCUGGGCAGUGUCCUCCUGAAUAGCUUGAAGCAGACUGUGGUGACCCUGGCCAGCAGCGCGGGCGUCCUGACUACUGUGCAGGCAGCAGCUCAGGCGGUGCUGCAGAGCGGGUGGUCGGUGCUCCUGCCCACUGCGGAGGAGCGGGCUCGGGCACUCUCGGCGCUUUUGCCCUGUGCAGUUUCAGGCAAUGAAGUGAACAUAAGCCCAGGUCGUCGAUUCAUGAUUGAUCUUCUGGUGGGCAGCCUCAUGGCCGACGGAGGGUUAGAAUCUGCCUUAAAUGCCGCCAUUACUGCUGAGAUCCAGGAUAUUGAAGCCAAAAAAGAAGCUCAGAAGGAAAAAGAAAUCGACGAACAGGAAGCGAAUGCCUCGUCAUUUCAUAGAAGUAGGACUCCAUUAGAUAAAGACCUUAUUAAUACAGGGAUCUAUGAAUCUUCUGGAAAACAGUGCUUGCCUCUAGUUCAGCUUGUACAACAGCUUCUUAGAAACAUUGCUUCUCAGACUGUGGCCAGAUUGAAAGAUGCUGCUCGCCGAAUCUCGUUGUGUCUGGACUUUGAGCAGCAGCAGAGUCGUGAAAGAUCUGCUUCCUUGGACUUGUUACUGCGCUUUCAGCGUUUACUUAUCAGUAAACUUUAUCCAGGAGAGAGUAUUGGUCAGAGCUCAGAUAUUUCUAGUCCUGAGCUAAUGGGUGUUGGUUCCUUGCUGAAAAAGUACACAGCCCUACUCUGCACACACAUUGGAGAUAUACUGCCUGUAGCAGCUAGCAUUGCUUCUACUAGCUGGCGGCACUUUGCAGAAGUGGCCUGUAUCAUGGAAGGAGACUUCACCGGUGUUCUCCUUCCAGAACUAGUAGUGUCUAUAAUGCUUUUGCUCAGUAAAAAUGCUGGGCUCAUGCAAGAGGCUGGAGCUAUCCCUCUGUUGGGUGGCCUCUUAGAACACCUGGACCGGUUCAAUCACCUGGCACCGGGAAAAGAAAGGGACGAUCAUGAAGAUUUGGCCUGGCCUGGCAUAAUGGAGUCAUUUUUUACAGGUCAGAACUGUAGAAAUAACGAGGAGGUGACGCUCAUCCGCAAAGCUGACUUGGAGAACCACAAUAAGGAUGGAGGUUUCUGGACGGUGAUUGAUGGGAAAGUAUAUGACAUCAAAGACUUUCAGACACAGUCUUUAACAGGAAAUAGCAUUCUUGCUCAGUUUGCAGGGGAAGACCCAGUGGUUGCUCUGGAAGCCGCUCUGCAGUUUGAAGACACACAGGAAUCGAUGCAUGCGUUCUGUGUGGGUCAGUACUUGGAGCCUGACCAAGAAGUCGUUACCAUACCAGACCUGGGAAGUCUCUCUUCACCUCUUAUAGACACAGAGAGAAAUUUGGGCCUUCUUCUCGGAUUACAUGCUUCCUAUUUAGCAAUGAGCACACCGCUGUCUCCUGUUGAGGUUGAAUGCGCCAAGUGGCUCCAGUCUUCUGUCUUCUCCGGAGGCCUGCAGACCAGCCAAAUCCACUACAGCUACAACGAGGAGAAGGACGAGGACCACUGCAGCUCUCCUGGCGGCACUUCUGCCAGUAAAUCCAGACUCUGUGCCCACAGAUGGGCCCUGGGCGACCAUUCCCAGGCCUUCUUGCAGGCCAUUGCGGACAACAACAUGCAGGACCACACUGUCAAGGACUUUCUGUGUCAGAUAGAAAGGUACUGUAAGCAGUACCACUUGACCACGCCAAUCACAUUUCCUCCUGAGCAUCCUGUGGAAGAGGUCGGCCGCUUGCUGCUAUGUUGCCUCUUGAAACAUGAGGAUUUAGGUCAUGUGGCAUUAUCUUUAGUUCACGUUGGCACACUUGGUAUUGAGCAAGUAAAACACAGAACAUUGCCUAAAUCAGUGGUGGAUGUUUGUAGAGUUGUCUACCAAGCUAAAUGCUCCCUAAUUAAGACACACCAAGAACAGGGCCGUUCAUACAAGGAGGUCUGUGCUCCUGUCAUCGAACGCUUGAGAUUCCUUUUUAAUGAAUUGAGACCUGCAGUUUGUAAUGACCUCUGUAUAAUGUCUAAGUUUAAGCUGUUAAGUUCUUUGCCCCGUUGGAGGAGGAUAGCUCAAAAGAUAAUUCGAGAACGAAGAAAAAAGAGAGUUCCUAAAAAGCCAGGAUCUACUGAUGAUGAAGAAAAAAUUGGAAAUGAAGAGAGUGAUUUAGAAGAAGCUUGCAUUUUGCCUCACAGUCCUAUCAAUGUGGACAAAAGACCCAUUACAAUUAAAUCCCCCAAGGAUAAAUGGCAACCACUGCUGAGUACAGUAACAGGUGUCCACAGGUACAAGUGGCUGAAGCAAAACGUCCAAGGUCUCUAUCCGCAGUCUGCACUCCUCAGUACAAUUGCUGAAUUUGCCCUUAAAGAAGAGCCAGUAGAUGUGGAAAAAAUGAGGAAGUGCUUGUUAAAACAGUUGGAGAGAGCAGAGGUUCGUCUGGAAGGGAUAGAUACGAUUUUAAAACUGGCAACCAAAAAUUUCUUACUUCCAUCUGUGCAGUAUGCUAUGUUUUGUGGAUGGCAAAGACUUAUUCCCGAGGGGAUCGAUAUAGGGGAACCCCUUACAGAUUGUCUAAAGGACGUUGAUCUGAUUCCGCCCUUUAAUCGAAUGCUGCUGGAAGUAACUUUUGGCAAGCUGUAUGCUUGGGCUGUACAGAAUAUUCGGAAUGUUUUGAUGGACGCAAAUGCCAAGUUCAAAGAGCUUGGUAUCCAGCCCGUUCCCCUGCAAACGAUUACCAAUGAGAACCCUUCGGGACCAAGCCUGGGAACCAUCCCACAAGCUCGAUUUCUCCUGGUGAUGCUUAACAUGCUGACCCUGAAGCAUGGAGCCAACAACCUGAGCCUCCUGCUGAACUCAGGCACGCUUGCCCUGACGCAGACAGCACUACGACUGAUCGAAAAGCCGAGAUGCUGCAAGGCCAGAGAGCCGUAUUCCAAGCCAAGGCCUAGUUCUGACAAUGUAGAAGAAGAUAUGAAUGCUUUUGCCCGAGGAGCCUCCGCCACCGUUCUGGAAGAAACAAGAAAGGAGACAACUCCCGUGCAGCUUCCGGUGUCAGGCCCCGAGCUGGCAGCUAUGAUGAAGAUCGGAACCAGGGUCAUGAGAGGUGUGGACUGGAAGUGGGGAGAUCAGGACGGACCUCCUCCUGGCCUGGGCCGUGUGAUUGGUGAGUUGGGAGAGGAUGGCUGGAUAAGGGUCCAGUGGGACACGGGCAGCACCAACUCGUACAGAAUGGGGAAGGAAGGAAAGUAUGACCUCAAGUUGGCGGAGCUGCCAGCUUCUGCACAGCCCUCGGCAGAGGAUUUGGACACCGAGGAUGACUCCGAAGCUGAACAAAUUGAAAGGAACAUUCAUCCCACUUCAGUGAUGCUUACAAGUACUAUUAAUUUACUACAAACGCUUUGUCUCUCUGCUGGAGUGCAUGCUGAAGUCAUGCAGAGCGAGGCCACUAAGACUCUGUGUGGACUGCUUCGCAUGCUAGUGGAGAGUGGGACCACAGACAAGACAGCUCUGCCAAACAACCUAGUAUGCCGGGAGCAGCACAGGAGCUGGUGCACGCUCGGGUUUGUGCGGAGUAUUGCUCUCACGCCGCAGAUGUGUGGUGCUCUCAGCUCCCCGCCCUGGAUCACCCUGCUGAUGCAGAUUGUGGAAGGCCAUGCACCUUUCACCGCUGCGUCGCUGCAGAGGCAGAUCUUAGCUGUACAUUUACUGAAAGCAGUACUUCCAUCGUGGGACAAGACUGAGAGGUCGAAGGACAUGAAAUGCCUGGUGGAAAAGUUAUUUGGAUUCUUGGGCAGUUUGCUUACUACGUGCUCUUCAGAUGUCCCGUUACUCAGAGAGUCCACUCUGAGGAGGAGGAGAGCCCGGCCGCAGGCCUCCCUGACAGCCACCCACAGCAGCACUCUAGCAGAAGAGGUGGUGGUGCUGCUCAGGACCCUGCACUCCUUGAGUCAGUGGAAUGGACUCAUAAACAAGUACAUCAACUCUCAGCUCCACUCCAUCACCUUCGGCCUGGCAGGGAAGCAGUCAGAAGGGGCCCUGCUGGAGGACCGGUUCCCUAACUCCGAGAGCCCUGAAGUGGGUGGCCUCAUGGCUGUGCUUGCUGUAAUUGGGGGGAUUGAUGGCCGCCUGCGCCUUGGGGGCCAGGUCAUGCAUGACGAGUUUGGAGAAGGCACUGUCACUCGCAUCACCCCGAAGGGCAGAAUCACUGUGCAGUUCUCUGAGAUGCGGGUGCGUCGCGUUUGUCCACUUAGCCAGCUCAAGGCGCUCCCAGCUGUGAUGUUCAGUGUGACCAACCUGCCAUUCACGGAGCCCAUGCUCUCUGUCUGGGCUCAGCUGGUGAACCUCGCAGGAAACAAAUUAGAAAAGCACAAAAUAAAGAAAUCACCUAAACAGGCCUUUGCAGGGCAAGUGGACCUGGACCUGCUUCGAUGCCAGCAGCUGAAGCUGUACAUACUGAAAGCGGGUCGUGCACUGCUUUCCCAUCAAGAUAAACUGCGGCAAAUUUUGUCCCAACCAGCUGUUCAGGAGAUGGGAAUUGCUCAUACAGAUGACGGAGCAGCUGCAUCUCCUGACACUGGGGACAUGUCUCCUGAAGGGCCACAACCCCCUAUAACCCUCUUGCAGCAGUUACUGGCAUCAGCCACCCAGCCAUCUCCAGUAAAGGCUAUAUUUGAUAAACAGGAACUGGAGGCCGCUGCUCUGGCCGUGUGCCAGUGUUUAGCUGUGGAGUCCACGCAUCCAUCGAGUCCCACAUGUGAGGACUGCAGCUCCAGUGAGGCCACGACACCCGUCACAGCGCAGCAUGCACGCCCCAGCAGAGUGAGGAAGCGCAAGCAGUCGCCCGUCCCAGCUCUCCCCAUCAUCGUUCAGCUCAUGGAAAUGGGGUUUCCCAGAAGAAACAUUGAGUUUGCACUGAAAUCGUUCACUGGAGCUUCUGGAACUGCUUCUGGGUUGCCUGGUGUCGAGGCCUUGGUUGGGUGGCUGCUGGACCACUCUGAUGUCCAGAUCACCGAUCUCUCGGAUGCAGACACAGUGUCUGACGAGUACUCAGAUGAGGAGAUGGUGGAGGAUGUCGACGAUGCGGGGUAUCCCAUGUCUGUUGGUGCUGUUGUAACAGAGAGCCAGACUUACAAAAAAAGAGCUGAUUUCUUAAGUAACGAUGAUUACGCUGUGUAUGUGAGAGAAAAUAUUCAGGUGGGAAUGAUGGUUAGAUGUUGUCGAACAUAUGAAGAAGUGUGUGAAGGUGAUGUGGGCAAAGUUAUCAAACUGGAUAGAGAUGGAUUACAUGACCUCAAUGUGCAGUGUGAUUGGCAGCAGAAAGGAGGCACUUACUGGGUUAGGUAUAUUCACGUUGAACUUAUAGGCUAUCCACCACCAAGUUCUCCUUCUCACAUCAAGAUUGGUGAUAAAGUACGGGUCAAAACUUCAGUUACUACGCCAAAAUACAAGUGGGGAUCUGUAACUCAUCAAAGCGUGGGGGUUGUGAAAGCUUUCAGUGCCAAUGGAAAAGAUGUCAUUGUUGACUUUCCCCAGCAGUCCCACUGGACAGGGUUGUUAUCAGAAAUGGAGUUGGUGCCUAGUAUUCAUCCUGGAGUAACGUGUGACGGAUGUCAGAUGUUUCCCAUCAAUGGAUCUAGAUUCAAAUGCAGAAACUGUGAUGACUUUGAUUUUUGUGAAACGUGUUUCAAGACCAAAAAACACAACAUCAGACAUACAUUUGGCAGAAUAAAUGAACCAGGACAGUCUGCAGUAUUUUGUGGCCGUUCAGGAAAACAGCUGAAGCGGUGUCACAGCAGUCAACCAGGAGCGCUGCUCGACAGCUGGUCCCGCAUGGUGAAGAGCCUGAAUGUGUCAUCCUCCGUGAACCAGGCUGCUCGUCUGAUAGACGGCAGCGAGCCCUGCUGGCAGUCAUCUGGGUCACAGGGAAAGCACUGGAUUCGUUUGGAGAUUUUCCCAGACGUUCUUGUUCAUAGAUUAAAAAUGAUAGUGGAUCCUGCUGACAGUAGCUACAUGCCUUCCCUGGUGGUCGUGUCAGGUGGAAAUUCCCUAAAUAACCUAAUUGAACUAAAGACAAUCCACAUUAACCCUACUGACACCACCGUGCCCCUUCUGAGCGACUGCACAGAGUAUCACAGGUAUAUUGAAAUUGCUAUAAAGCAGUGCAGGAGCUCAGGAAUUGAUUGUAAAAUCCAUGGUCUUAUCAUACUGGGAAGGAUUCGUGCAGAGGAAGAAGACUUGGCUGCAGUUCCUUUCUUAGCUUCAGACAACGAGGAGGAAGAGGAUGAUAAAGGCAGCAGUGGGAGCCUUAUGAGAAAGAAGGCUGCAGGGCUGGAGUCAGCGGCUACAAUAAGAACCAAAGUGUUUGUGUGGGGGCUGAAUGACAAGGACCAGCUGGGCGGACUGAAAGGCUCCAAGAUAAAGGUUCCUUCAUUCUCUGAGACCCUGUCUGCUUUGAAUGUGGUACAGGUGGCUGGAGGUUCUAAAAGCUUGUUUGCAGUCACUGUGGAAGGAAAAGUCUACGCCUGUGGAGAAGCCACCAAUGGGCGGCUAGGGCUGGGCCUCUCCAGUGGGACUGUGCCCAUCCCGCGGCAGAUCACAGCCCUCAGCAGCUAUGUGGUGAAGAAGGUGGCUGUGCACUCAGGUGGUCGGCAUGCUACAGCCUUAACCGUUGAUGGCAAAGUGUUUUCGUGGGGUGAAGGUGACGAUGGAAAACUUGGACACUUCAGCAGAAUGAACUGUGACAAGCCGAGGCUGAUCGAGGCCCUGAAAACAAAGCGCAUCCGGGACAUCGCCUGUGGGAGCUCUCACAGUGCAGCCAUCACGUCCAGCGGGGAGUUGUAUACCUGGGGCCUUGGAGAGUAUGGUCGGUUGGGGCAUGGGGAUAACACCACACAGUUGAAGCCCAAAAUGGUGAAAGUUCUUCUUGGUCACAGAGUAAUCCAGGUUGCAUGUGGGAGUAGAGACGCACAGACUCUGGCUUUGACCGAUGAAGGUUUGGUAUUCUCCUGGGGUGAUGGCGACUUUGGAAAAUUGGGCCGGGGAGGAAGUGAAGGCUGUAACAUUCCCCAGAACAUCGAACGACUGAAUGGACAGGGGGUUUGCCAGAUUGAGUGUGGCGCUCAGUUUUCCUUGGCUCUUACUAAGUCGGGAGUGGUGUGGACAUGGGGCAAGGGGGAUUACUUCAGGCUGGGUCAUGGCUCUGAUGUCCAUGUGCGGAAGCCACAGGUGGUGGAGGGGCUGAGGGGAAAGAAGAUCGUGCAUGUGGCUGUUGGUGCUCUGCAUUGCCUGGCUGUCACUGACGCAGGGCAGGUGUACGCUUGGGGUGACAAUGACCAUGGACAGCAGGGCAAUGGCACAACCACAGUCAAUAGAAAGCCCACACUUGUCCAAGGCCUGGAAGGGCAGAAAAUUACACGUGUGGCCUGCGGGUCAUCCCACAGUGUGGCGUGGACAACCGUUGACGUGGCAACGCCCUCUGUCCACGAGCCAGUUCUCUUCCAAACGGCGAGAGACUCUCUAGGUGCUUCCUAUCUAGGUGUGCCUUCAGAUGCUGAUUCUCCUGCUGCCAGUAAUAAAAUCAGUGGUGCAAAUAAUUCUAAGCCAAACCGCCCUUCUCUCGCCAAGAUUCUCUUGUCACUGGAUGGAAAUCUGGCCAAACAGCAGGCCUUAUCUCAUGUCCUUACAGCGCUCCAGCUCACGUAUGCCAGAGACGCGGUAGUUGGAGCCCUGAUGCCGGCCGGCAUGAUGGCACCAGUGGAGUGUCCCUCGUUCUCCUCCCCAGCACCCACUUCUGACGUGCCUGCCAUGGCCAGUCCCAUGAGUGGAGAAGAAUGUGUGCUGGCUGUUGAUAUUGAAGACAGAUUGAGUCCAAAUCCAUGGCAAGAAAAGAGAGGAGAGAUCAUUUCUUCUGAAGAUGCAGUGACCCCCUCUGCAGUGACCCCCUCUGCUUCUUCAGCUUCUUCUCGGCCAUUCAUUCCUGUGACAGAUGACCCAGGAGCUGCCAGCAUCAUUGCGGAAACCAUGACCAAAACCAAAGAAGAUGUUGAAAGCCAAAAUAAAGCUUCAGGCCCAGAACCUCAGUACCUGGAUGAAUUUACCAGUCUGUUGGUAGCUGAUGACACCCGGGUCCUGGUGGACCUGCUCAAGCUGUCUGUCUGCAGCAGGGCUGGGGACAGAGGCAAGGACGUGCUCUCAGCUGUUUUGUCUGGCAUGGGCACUGCUUACCCCCAGGUGGCAGACAUGUUGUUGGAGCUCUGUGUGACCGAGCUGGAGGACGUGGCGACAGACUCGCAGAGCGGCCGCCUUUCCUCCCAGCCAGUGGUGGUGGAGAGCAGCCAUCCCUACACCGAUGACACGUCAACCAGUGGCACAGUGAAAAUACCAGGUGCAGAAGGACUCAGGGUGGAAUUUGACCGACAGUGCUCCACAGAACGGCGCCACGACCCCCUCACCGUCAUGGACGGUGUCAACAGGAUUGUCUCGGUGCGAUCAGGCCGUGAGUGGUCUGACUGGUCCAGUGAGCUGCGCAUCCCUGGGGACGAGUUGAAGUGGAAGUUCAUCAGCGAUGGGUCUGUGAAUGGAUGGGGCUGGCGCUUCACCGUCUACCCUAUCAUGCCUGCUGCAGGGCCAAAAGACCUCCUUUCCGAUCGCUGCAUCCUCUCCUGUCCAUCCAUGGACCUGGUGACAUGUCUCCUUGACUUCCGGCUCAACCUUGCCUCUCCCAGGGGCAUCGUCCCUCGCCUGGCGGCCUCCCUCGCUGCAUGCGCACAGCUGAGUGCCUUAGCUGCCAGUCAUAGGAUGUGGGCCCUUCAAAGAUUGAGGAAGCUGCUCACCACUGAAUUUGGGCAAUCCAUGAACAUAAACAGGCUACUUGGUGAUAGUGAUGGAGAGACAAGAGCUUUGAGUUUUACAGGCAGUGCUCUCGCUGCUUUGGUGAAAGGCCUUCCGGAAGCUUUGCAGAGACAGUUUGAGUAUGAAGAUCCUAUUGUGAGAGGUGGCAAACAGCUGCUGCACAGCCCAUUCUUUAAGGUGCUGGUAGCUCUUGCUUGUGACCUGGAACUAGACACUCUUCCUUGCUGCGCAGAGACACACAAGUGGGCUUGGUUCAGAAGGUACUGCAUGGCCUCCCGAGUCGCUGUGGCCCUGGAUAGAAGAACACCAUUGCCACGCCUGUUUCUGGAGGAGGUGGCUAAGAAAAUUCGUGAGUUAAUGGCAGACAGCGAAAACCUGGAUGUUCUCCAUGAGAGCCAUGACAUCUUUAAAAGAGAGCAAGAUGAGCAGCUUGUGCAGUGGAUGAACAGGCGACCAGACGACUGGACUCUCUCUGCCGGUGGCAGUGGCACCAUUUAUGGAUGGGGCCAUAACCAUAGGGGGCAGCUUGGGGGCAUUGAAGGUGCCAAAGUUAAAGUCCCCACCCCAUGUGAAGCCCUUGCAGCUCUCAGACCAGUGCAGCUGAUUGGAGGGGAACAGACUCUCUUCGCUGUGACAGCUGAUGGGAAGCUGUAUGCCACUGGUUAUGGUGCAGGGGGCAGACUAGGAAUUGGAGGAACAGAGUCUGUAUCCACCCCGACGCUGCUUGAAUCCGUUCAGCAUGUGUUUAUUAAGAAAGUAGCUGUGAACUCAGGAGGAAAACACUGCCUUGCCCUCUCUUCAGAAGGAGAAGUUUACUCUUGGGGCGAAGCAGAGGAUGGGAAGUUGGGGCAUGGCAACAGAAGUCCAUGUGACCGCCCUCGUGUGGUUGAGUCUCUGAGAGGAAUUGAAGUGGUCGAUGUUGCUGCAGGCGGAGCCCACAGUGCCUGCGUCACAGCAGCAGGGGACCUCUACACGUGGGGCAAAGGCCGAUAUGGCCGCUUGGGGCACAGCGACAGUGAAGACCAGCUGAAGCCAAAGUUGGUGGAAGCCCUGCAGGGCCACCGCGUGGUUGACAUUGCCUGUGGCAGCGGCGAUGCUCAGACCCUCUGCCUCACUGACGAUGACACUGUCUGGUCCUGGGGGGACGGGGACUAUGGCAAGCUCGGCCGAGGAGGCAGCGAUGGCUGUAAAGUGCCAAUGAAGAUCGACUCUCUCACAGGCCUUGGCGUGGUCAAAGUGGAAUGCGGAUCCCAGUUCUCUGUUGCACUUACCAAGUCGGGAGCGGUUUACACAUGGGGCAAAGGGGACUACCACAGGCUGGGCCAUGGAUCCGAUGACCACGUUAGAAGACCUCGGCAGGUCCAAGGGCUGCAGGGAAAGAAAGUCAUUGCCAUUGCCACCGGCUCCCUGCACUGCGUGUGCUGCACGGAGGACGGUGAAGUUUAUACGUGGGGUGACAAUGAUGAGGGACAACUGGGCGAUGGGACCACAAAUGCCAUCCAGAGGCCACGGUUGGUAGCUGCUCUUCAGGGUAAGAAGGUUAACCGCGUGGCCUGCGGUUCAGCACACACCCUUGCCUGGUCGACCAGCAAGCCCACCAGCACUGGGAAGCUCCCUGCACAGGUCCCCAUGGAGUACAAUCACCUGCAGGAGAUCCCAAUGAUCGCGCUGCGGAACCGCCUGCUGCUGCUGCACCACAUCUCGGAGCUCUUCUGUCCCUGCAUCCCAAUGUUCGACCUCGAUGGGUGUCUUCACGAAACUGGGCUCGGACCUUCAGUCGGGUUUGACACACUGCGAGGAAUUCUGAUAUCCCAGGGGAAGGAGGCAGCUUUCCGAAAAGUGGUACAAGCAACCAUGGUGCGAGACCGUCAGCACGGCCCCGUGGUGGAGCUGAAUCGGAUCCAGGUUAAACGCUCAAGAAGCAAAGGUGGGCUAGCAGGCCCCGAUGGCACAAAAUCCGUCUUUGGGCAGAUGUGUGCUAAAAUGAGCGCAUUUAGUCCAGACAGCCUUCUCCUUCCGCACCGAGUCUGGAAAGUCAAGUUUGUGGGUGAGUCUGUGGAUGACUGUGGUGGUGGCUACAGUGAGUCCAUAGCCGAGAUCUGCGAGGAGCUUCAGAACGGACUCACUCCUCUUCUGAUUGUGACGCCCAAUGGCAGAGAUGAAUCUGGGGCCAACCGGGACUGCUACUUGCUCAGCCCUGCUGCCCGGGCGCCUGUGCACACAAGCAUGUUCCGCUUCCUGGGUGUGUUACUGGGCAUCGCCAUCCGCACUGGAAGCCCUCUCAGCCUCAGCCUCGCAGAGCCCGUCUGGAAGCAGCUGGCCGGGAUGAGCCUCACCAUCGCUGACCUCAGUGAGGUGGACAAAGAUUUCAUCCCUGGGCUCAUGUACAUCCGUGACAACGAGGCUACCUCAGAGGAGUUUGAGGCCAUGAGCCUGCCAUUCACGGUGCCCAGCGCCAGCGGCCAGGACAUCCAGCUGAGCUCUAAACACACUCACAUCACGCUAGACAACCGGGCCGAGUAUGUCCGCCUGGCCAUAAACUACAGACUCCAUGAGUUUGAUGAGCAAGUGGCUGCUGUUCGGGAAGGGAUGGCCCGUGUGGUGCCUGUGCCCCUCCUCUCUCUCUUCACUGGAUACGAACUGGAGACGAUGGUCUGUGGCAGCCCUGAUAUCCCUCUGCAUCUUUUGAAGUCGGUGGCAACAUAUAAAGGGAUUGAGCCCUCAGCACCUCUGAUCCAGUGGUUCUGGGAGGUGAUGGAGUCCUUCUCCAACACGGAGCGCUCCCUCUUCCUUCGGUUUGUGUGGGGCAGGACCAGGCUUCCCAGGACCAUCGCCGACUUCCGGGGCAGAGACUUUGUCAUCCAGGUACUGGACAAAUACAACCCUCCCGACCACUUCCUUCCUGAAUCGUACACAUGUUUCUUUUUGCUGAAGUUGCCCAAGUACUCCUGUAAACAGGUGCUGGAGGAAAAGCUGAAAUACGCCAUCCACUUCUGUAAAUCAAUCGACACAGAUGAUUAUGCUCGCAUAGCCCUCACGGGAGAGCCUGCUGCCAACGACAGCAGUGACGACUCGGAUAAUGAAGACGUAGAUUCUUUCGCAUCGGACUCUACACAAGAUUAUCUAACAGGACACUAGGAUGAAGAAAUACAUCACGAGGCGAAUGGCAAGAGACCGUGAGCAAAGAGCCGAGCGCUGAGCGGCUCAGACUGCAGAGUGUCUGGUCCGCGUCAUGUUGAAUUUGAGUCUCUACAUUUUGGGGGGAAGGAAGGCAGGGCGACUGGGACUGCCCAGGAGCAGAGUGAUGGCCGGAAAUGAGCUUUGGACACUUAACAUUUAUGUUUGAGACUGAAAAUGGUUGUCUCGCCCCUAAUGCUGCAUUACAUGUAGGACUUCUGCGUUUACUAAAGUGUGUAAAUGUUUAUGUAAAGACUGAAUUGCAGCGUUCCAAAAACGAAUAAAGCCUUUUUACUUGUGGGUGCAAUAGA